AUGGCCGUCAUACAAGUUACGGAAAAACAUGUCGACAAAACACCUGGAAAAAAUAACGUGGAGGCAAGGAAUCUCGCUAGAAAGGAAUUCAACCUGGUGGCGCAGGCUGUCGAAACGAGAAGCGUCUCAGCGUUCAAUCAGUUCCAGUGGCCUCAUUACAUCCCAGUAGAAACUCCAUAUCGAUUAACAGCCAACCUCGCGACUCUGCCACCAGACCCACCGCCAACCUCGACCCUCUCCCUUCAGACCCACCACCAAUCUCGCCACUCUCCCUUCAGACCCACCGCCAACCUCGACCCUCUCCCUCCAGACCCCCCCCACCCACCUCUCCAUUCAGACCCACCGCCAACCUCGCCACUCUCCCUCCAGACCCGCCGCCAACGUCGAUCCUGUCUCUCCAGACCCACCACCAACCUCAACCCUCUCCCUCCAGACCCACCACCAACCUCGACCCUCUCCCUACAGUCCCACUACCAACCUCGCCACUCUCCUCUGCCAGACCCACCCCCAAACUCGCCCACUCUCCCUCCACAACCCAUCGCCACACUCACCACUCUCCCUCAGACAAACCACCAAACCUCACCCUCUCCCUCCAGACACACCACCAACCUCGACCCUCUCAGCUCAAGAAUAAAGAAAUACAUGGAAUUGUAG